GCCGUUCGGUCCGUUGUUUAUCCGUCUUUUCGUCCGUUUGUUCCACCGACUAUUUUUACAAAUAUCGAAGACAAAAAUCGGAUAGAAUUCGUGCGCUGUUAUUGCAAGAUCGAUUUGUUCCAACGUGGAAAUGCAGGAAGUGUGUAGUUCAGUCGAUCACAUGGGAGCACAAAUCAAAUCGGAAUCUCCGGCGAUUGGAUCGCUGCUUAAUAGUGCGGUGGUGAUCGGUGAAACGGAUAUCAACAGCCCACAGCAGGCACACGUUUCGCAACAGCAACAAACGAUCAUUGCCGGAGGCCAACUAGUGGCCAACCGGAAGCCAGUAAUCUGUGAUAAGCCUUCGCGAGCCGCCGCCUCGCUCCCCGUUGGCACCCCGGUAGAGCUACAAAAUCAACAGCCACAACAACCACAUCCAGAUACAUCUUAUUGGAUGCAAAACGAAAGUGGAUUUAUCAAUUCGCAACCAUCGAUGGCCGAGUUUCUGACACAUAUCGACAGCGAGAGCCCCAAACUCAUAACGCAAGGUUACCCGAUGGCACCCAGCGACAGCAUGGAAUCUGUACCGGAAUAUCCGUGGAUGAAAGAGAAAAAAACAGUCAGAAAAGCAACAGCACAAGCUGAGUUUGUCGCGGAAAAUGGACUCCCGCGACGAUUGCGUACGGCCUACACCAAUACCCAGUUGCUAGAGCUUGAGAAAGAGUUCCACUUCAAUAAGUAUCUCUGUCGACCAAGAAGAAUUGAAAUUGCCGCAAGCCUGGACCUAACCGAGCGACAGGUGAAAGUAUGGUUCCAAAACCGACGUAUGAAGCAUAAACGACAAACACUCUCCAAGACGGACGACGAUGAAUCUGGAAAAGACGAUUUGAAAGAUUCCAAUUCGAAAAAAUCUUGCCAAGGAUGUGAGCUGCCGUCGGACGACAUUCCGGACUCGACAUCCAGCUCACGGGGUCUUAACAACAGCACUCCGACCACCAGUAAGUCACUGCUGUGCGCUGUGUACCACAAGAUGACAACCUAGUGUACAAUUUUCUCUCGUCAAUUUUCCCACGCAGUUACGCCAAACUCGACCGUCGAACUGGGCACUCCCACUGGCGUUGGAGGUGGAAAUGCGGUCAGUGCUGAUUCGAGUGUGGCAUCUACAGGCAGCCUUGAUGAUGAUGAGGAAAUUCAUGUGAAAGUAAAGAAAAAACCGGAUAUGGUCAAAAAAGAAUCGGUGAGCUCGUCGAAGAUAACCAAUAGCAACCAAUUUAAAGGUUUCGAUGGAUCGGGCUACCAAUCAAAGAAGGAUGCCGGUUCGAUUCCCAUACCGACCGCAGCACCCAUACUUAUUCCUCAGAGUCCCGUCUCGACGUCAGCCAUCUCACCAAAUAGCAACAAUAACAACAACAACAACAACACUAGCAGUAGCAAUAACAACCUACAAGCAUACUAUAAUCAACCGGCUCCGUACGCUGUUAUCAAGCAUAAGCUGCCACAUGGGCCCCAGAUGCACGUGUCCAAUUCUCCGGCAACCACCCCGGGAGCCCCAAUAUCUUGUGGACCAUCAGGUGGCGGAAUGUACUACACUGGAAAUAGCAAACAAGAGUACUUUGGCAAGAUGGAUUCUAGCUUACACUACCCAAACUACCAGCAUAACCCGAAGCCAGCCGUACCACCACCGUCCGGAGCCGCCUCUCAACAUCUAAUCAAUGGUGUUUAUACAGGAAGCCACGUUACUCAUAAACCCGAAUACGGUCAACCGUUGAGCGGGUUGAAAAGCCUAAACAAUAAAGCUCUGCUACAAGACCCAGCAUCGAAGCUUCAACAACAGCAGCAACAACCAAUGCUGCACGAAGCGUCGUUCCACCAUCAGAAUCAACUCUACUACAACAACUGUGACCCUGGCGUCAACAACGCCACGGCUCAAUACAGCGGCAACGCACAAUUCUAUCCGAAUGACUACGAGGGCCAGCACGAAUUUGGCACAGGUUAUUACGAGUCUGCGAAGGGAGCUGCAACCACGCAAGACCACUACGACUAUGAGGGCAUGGGGGCAUAUCACCACGGCGUUGUACCCGUUGCUGCCGGUGGCACUAUGGAUUAUCAAACUAACGGUGCUGCGUAUAUGGGCAUAGGACUCGCAAAUGAUGGCUGUGAAAGCUUCCCAUUCCAUCAAUCGCCACCAACGGCCUCCAGCGCUUAUUACGACCACCAUCAACAUUCCCAGCAUCUGCAGCCACAUCAACAGCACCAUCUCCAGCAUCAACAGCAUCAUCUCCAGCAUCAACAACAUCAUCUCCAGCAUCACCAGCAACAUCCGCAGCACCUCCAGGCAAACCAACCUUCGCCGAUGGCUCAUAGCGUCGAGACGAAUACAUACAAUGGAACAGCCGCCACAGGAACAGGAAGUGUUCCGAUUCACUGUCUGCCACCAGGAGGCGCACUUUCAGCAAAUGGCUCCGGCGGCAAUCAGACGCCGGUUCCAGGCAACGCAGCCGCCUUGGCCAGCCUAGAAAAUUCCAACUCAUCGUCUGAUUUUAACUUUCUUAGUAAUCUUGCGAACGAUUUCGCGCCAGAAUAUUAUCAACUGAGUUAA